GUUUGUCCUUCAGCUGACAUUUCCAUUCUCCAUCUUGCGGUGGUUGAACGUGUCGUCUGACGUGUUUGUUUCAAUUCCAUAUAAAUUAAAACCGUCAUUAUGUCUAAGAUUGGUAUCAACGGUUUUGGCCGCAUUGGUCGUCUGGUGCUCCGAGCUUCUAUUGAAAAGGGAGCCCAAGUUGUGGCUAUCAAUGACCCUUUCAUUGGCCUGGACUACAUGGUCUACAUGUUCAAGUAUGACUCAACUCAUGGUCGUUUCAAGGGAACCGUUGAAGCUGGUGAUGGUCACUUGAUUGUAAAUGGAAACAAAAUUGCAGUCUUUUCUGAAAGGGACCCAAAAGCUAUUCCUUGGGGUAAGGCUGGAGCUGAAUAUGUUGUAGAAUCAACAGGAGUCUUUACUACAACUGACAAAGCAUCUGCUCAUUUGGAAGGUGGUGCCAAAAAGGUCAUUAUCUCUGCUCCCAGUGCUGAUGCACCAAUGUUUGUUGUCGGUGUUAACUUGGAGGCCUAUGAUCCAUCAUACAAGGUUAUCUCUAACGCUUCCUGCACUACUAACUGUCUGGCGCCCCUUGCCAAGGUCAUCCAUGACAACUUUGAAAUUAUUGAGGGUUUGAUGACAACUGUUCACGCUACUACUGCUACCCAAAAGACAGUUGAUGGACCCUCUGGCAAGUUAUGGCGUGAUGGCCGUGGUGCCCAACAAAACAUAAUUCCAGCUGCCACUGGUGCUGCCAAAGCUGUUGGCAAGGUCAUUCCCGCCCUCAAUGGAAAGCUGACUGGUAUGGCUUUCCGUGUGCCUGUGCCUAAUGUAUCUGUGGUUGACCUUACUGUCCGUCUUGGCAAACCCGCCAGCUACGACGCGAUCAAACAAAAAGUUAAGGAAGCAGCUGAAGGUCCAAUGAAGGGUAUUUUGGGAUACACUGAAGACCAGGUUGUGUCCACCGACUUUGUUGGUGACUCCCACUCAUCCAUCUUUGAUGCUGCUGCUGGUAUCUCUCUUAAUGACAACUUUGUCAAACUGAUCAGCUGGUAUGACAAUGAAUAUGGCUACUCUAGCCGUGUCAUUGACCUCAUCAAGUACAUCCAGACCAAGGAUUAAAUUACUAUAUUUGAUCGAGAGAUAUAAUGUUGUAAUGUCGAGAUUACCGACGCUUAUAUUUAUGUUAAGUUUUAAGUAUAGAUGUGUAUUCUAAAUUAUUAUACUACUUUGAGAGUAGCGAUAUGCUUGAAAUGCAACCUGUAAUUGUGUAUAAUAAAAAGAAAAGAGGUUAUUUUGGAAAUGAUAGUCAUAAUUCAAGAACAAUAUAAUUAUCAGAUCUAUGUAAACAGUUUUAUCCAUUUUUAAUAUUAUAAUUAACUUUUAUGUUUAUAAAUACAAAUUAAUAAAAUAUCGCAAAUAAUAGUCAA